CUUUCAUUAGUGAACGAUAUAUUAGAAAUAUAUUAAUAACUUGAAAGAAGUAGACAUCCCAUCAUAAUAAUGAAUAUCUAUCUAACAAUAGUAGUGGUGAUGUGUGCCAUGGAGGCGAGUCGGGCCGUAAGCCCUGCGGCUAAACUAGUGAUCAAGGAUUUAAAUCACGACAAGGCUGGUGACCGCAAAAUCCAGUUAGACUGCAGCAUCACGUUGGAGACGGGGGAGACAUUCACGUCGCUUAUUAUUAGCAAAAAAGAUAAGAACGCAAACUAUAUUCCAAUUUUCACGCGAAACGACAUCGAUAAAGCACCGACCAAAGGCAAAGUUGACGAUGAAAUCACUGAUGCGAACAUUGAGUUGGACCCCGACAUCAAGAAGAAUGUGUUUACAAUCACCAAGGCCGCUAAAUUCGAGGGAAAUUAUAAAUGUGCCGUCUCUACUAGCAAAGGAGUACCGGACACCUUUGUUGAUCUUAAGGCCACUUGGGAUGCGGUCACAUUCAACAUCCGCGCAAAGGAAUCCAAAGAUGACGCCAAAGACAAGUUCCAGAGUGGAAACCAACUGGACGCCACUCUGGAGUACUCGUUGGGCGACAGUACUUUAGUUAGCGCUGAGUUCAAAAAGGACGACAAACUAUACUUUAAAUACACAUUAGACGGCGAUAAGAAAGAGCCCCAGGAUGGUGCCAAGGACGCAGGUAUUCCACAGGAUCACGUUAUUAAUGGCGCUCACGAUGCGACCGCAAAGAAAAUUUCUGUUUCCAUCAAAGAUGUCAGUAAGGACACCCAAGGCAAAUUCAAAGCCAUUUUCAACUACAAGAACGCCGCCGAAGAGCACUACACCUCAAACGAGGUACCUCUGACCUACAACGGUGCCGCGAGUGCCAUGGUCAGUUUCGCAUCUAUUAGCACCUUAUUAGUGGCCUUAGUUGCUGUGCGAUCAAACCUUUAA